UAUCCAUCACUGAUCAAGUGCCUAACUCCCCUGUACAUUGUCGAUCUUCAAUCUUGAUCAUUUCAUUUCAGUUGUGACUGACUUUGAGAGACUCAAAAAUGCUUUUACAGUCCCCUUCGCCCGUCAUCGAGUUUAUCUAUAUACUAUCUGUACAUCGACGCAUGGACCACUGAGCAAAAUCAGUAAUCUUAGGCGACCAAUGAAUAACAACACACAGCUCACUCCGGGCAAAUUCCUGGGGUUUGUCCCCAACACGGACCCUCGGGUGGCGGGUUUGGGAUUCCAGCAAUUGGUCACUUGUGUUUGCUUGCUGCUUCCAGCCUACGCGUUUCUGGUUUCGCAGCUACGAUUUCGAUACCUCCAGCGACUAUAUCAAAAAUACCCCUAUACGACGCGAGAGUCUUUCUCUCGCAUGACCGAUGAUGAAGCCUGCGAGAUACAAAAAGGCUUGGUUCAGCUGGAGUUCCCCUUUCUUUACCUCAAAUCACUCCAAUUUGCUCUCUUCAGGACGUAUGGUAUCCCGACCAUCUCGACAGUGCUCACAAAUACAGCCCAAUUCUCAAAGCCCGAAACUUCCCUGAAACGCUACGCUGAUACAGUAGCACUAGUUCAGGAAAUGGUAGGCCAUGCGCCAACCUCUCGUCGUGCUUGCACUUCUAUUGCACGCACCCGUUGGAUCCACAGCAGCUAUCGCGCUUCCGGCAAGAUCCUGGAAGAUGAUAUGCUGUACACACUCGGCCUCUUUGCCAUCCAGCCAGUCAGAUUUGUGAAAAUGUAUGAAUGGCGGGACCUGAGCGACCUUGAGAAAAGUGCCAUCGGUACCUUUUGGAAAAGUCUGGGUGACAGCUUGAAUAUCAGCUAUGAUGCCCUCCCGUCAGGUAAAACCGGAUUUCGCGAUGGUCUUCAUUGGCUGGAGGAAAUGAUGGCCUGGAGCGACGACUAUGAGGUUCGUUGCAUGGUACCUCAUGUCAACAACCGUGUAGUGGCCGGACAGACCAUCGCAGUGCUGCUGUACAUGCUUCCCCAGUCACUGCAGUUCAUUGGGAUGAGAUUUGUCUCGUUCAUGAUGGACGAUCGCUUGCGGAAAGCCAUGCUGAUUGACCCCCCUCCGGAUUUUGAUGCUAAGCUGUUCUCGUUACUGUUUUCCGCUCGUCGGUUUGCAUUGCGGUAUCUCGCGCUACCCCGCCCUUAUUUUCUGCGGUAUGUUAGUUACACCGAUGAUUACAACAAGAACGGCCGCAUCUACAUGACCAACUGGGAUGCUGCCCCUUACUAUGUGGAGCCGAGUCUCCGGAACCGCUGGGGUCCGGUUGCGUGGUUGACUUGGGUGCUUGGUCGGCCUUUGCCGGGAGACGAAGGGGACAAGUAUUAUCCAAAGGGGUAUGAUAAUCUCGAUGUAGGCCCCAAGUAUUUCGAAGGUAAGGGCCGUCAGGGUAUGGAGGACAUUAUGAAGGAGUUGGAAACCACACGACGGGGCCAGUGCCCUUUCCACUGAGCUUUGCGCGGAGCUGGCCUCACUCAAUUAAAAUGCGCGUUGGAAGAAGUUGUGUCGAUUUUAUAAAGCGCAUACUGCGCUGCUAAAUGCUAAUCUACUUAGCGGAGCGUAAUCUGCCGCAGCCGAUGAUCUACGAGCAACUAUCGAAGAUAGUUUAUGCACUUUGAAUCCUCCUGAGCCUCCCACAAAUGUCAACAACUUUGUCCUUGCACUGUCCUGGGAAGUCUUGGGCCAAUAUUUGCUUCAUUCGCUCAUGUUUGCUAGUACCCUCGCAUUGUAGUGAUUGUGUCGUUCUAUUUUUCCAUGGUGUGCUGGAUUACCGUCAUAAUCAAUCGUGGUCCAUCCACACUGAAGCU